GACACCAUUUGUUUACAGUUGCACCGUUCGUUCACGUUGCGCCGAAUCCGUCUCUCGUGUACUAUCGAGUAUCAUUUAACGGAUUAACCAAGAUGAUUAAGUCUGCUUUACAGUUAAUUAAAUAUCCUUUAUUAUCGGAAAGCGUGUUGGCCAAUGGUGCUGUGAUUUGCGGCUGUUUCAAUAACAUAACCUCAAAAAGCAUUUGCACCACCUCAUUCUGUAACAAGGAAAUUCGGUUUCAGUCCGACAAAUCGAGAGUUGGCAAGAGCUCAAAAUAUGGAUUAACAGAGGGAGAAACUACGUCUGAAUUGAUAAAUGUUAAUCAGCAAGACCAUCUUUUUCCCGACAUAGACACGCCGAAUCGACUAUUUAAUGGUGUACUGUUUAAAGAACUCCAUAUUAUCAAUAUCAAAUCAACUCCUAAUAACACAAUCAUGUCCUUUACCGAUUAUAAGGGUAAAAUAUUGAUAUUGCAUACAUCAGGUAUCGAAGGUUUUAAGAAUGCUAGAAAAGGAACAAACAUUGCUGCACAACAAGCAGCUUUAACAUUGGGUAACCGUAUUCGAGAAUAUGGCAUAAAUACAGUGAGGGUACGAGUACAAGGAAUUGGACCAGGCAGAAUGUCUUCUAUAAAAGGUCUUUCCAUGACAGGGUUAAACAUUAUUUCUAUUACUGAUGAUACUAGAGUAAGUCCGAAUCCACCGAGACCACGAAAACCAAGAAGAAUAUAGUUUAGUAUUGUUUGGGUCGAGAAAAUGUUACUGGAAUACAUUGAUGUUUAGAUUGACAUUAUAUGAUUGGAAUUUUGUGACCCACAUUGGUUUAUUUUAUGUGUGAAGAAUUUCUUUAUUUUUAUUUACAAUAUAUAAUUGCAAUUACAACGUUUAAUUAUUUUCAAAUAUUAAUAUGAAUGUGUGUGUAGACAUUGUUCUAAAAAGGAAACAAUGUCUUUGUAAAUCGUAUAAUAAUUACAAUAAUAAUACAAUAUUAUAAUAAUAAUUAUGUUAUUCAAUAUUUUAUACUAA